AUGACUUCCUCUAUCACUCACCCCAAUACUGCUACCACGUCAACUAAAUCUGAUAAUGUAGUUCAUAUAAUGCAGCGUGGCGACUACGUUCGUAAUUUUACGGGCCAGGAUGAUUUUCGAGUAGCUCAUUUUAUUCGUACUUGUGAAGACACCAUGCGCACCGGUAAAAUUGCAAGUGAUGAAGAGAAAAAAGCAUUUGUCCCAGUUGGGCCAAUUACAAUGGAUCUUCAGAUGGUUGGAUCGUUGUACGCCAGUGAUUCACGCUCAAACACCGGUGGUGGCAGUGGAUAUCGCAGGAGAGGUUCGCCAGGAUAUGGAAGCGACCUUCCGAAAUUCAAAUUGACUCUGUCCCACGGCUACGGGCCCUUUGAUGGCACAGCCCUCCAUGACUACACCGCAACCACAGAUGGCACAGAUGACACCACCCCAAAUUCCUCAUAUGACACCAGUGGCUCCGAUUGCACCUCAGCACCGGACAUACAAACUAGAAGCGUUUCCAAGACAAGACGUCGGGAGAAGACCAGCGCUCGCCACAACAAGGAGAGGGAUAGGUACAUUGUUUCCUGCUUCUCCCCACAACACUUCUAUAGCGGCCUCGUUAUUAACGGCGCUAAGCAAAGUGGAACCGUUGUCCGUGCCGCUUAUCCUCCACAGGCUAAUGCCCUUGUUGAGAGAACCAAUCGCAAGAUCCUGGAGAUACUGCGCCCGAUUAUUGCAGAUGUCGUGCAUGCAGACCGUCGUAAGAAGACCUAUGAGAAUUUAUUGCCUACAGUUGAUGAUGAUGUGAUAGACACCUCUUUACAGACUGUACAGGAGCACAGUGUUCCCAAUGACUAUUACAUGUCCAUAUCCGUCCUCAAGCCUGGUGUGCUAGUUGCACCUCUCGGACGCGGUCUCAUAGUAGAGGACGUGGUGAACAUCAAGUAUGAGUUACAUGGACUGCUCCAGCUUCCGCAUCAGAUGGAAAACGUCGACGCCCAACUACAAUCAGCAGUGGACAUCCUUUAUGGUCUCAGCGCAGCUGCUAAUGAAUCGACGAUAGUUUCACAAACUAUUGACCUUCUACACUUUCGUCUCCAGAAUCUUCGCAAGCUUCUUGUCGAUGUUGGAGAGAGAUUACCAGCGUCUGAAGUGGAUCCUGCUAAAGAAGUGAAAACUGAUAACCUGGCAAUGGCUUCAACAUCCCAAAGACGGAAUUGCUGCAAUGACCCAGAUAUAUUCUGCUACAUCUGUGGAAGCUUUACUUUGAAAAGUCAAAGGCGCAACAUCACCAGUUUUGUGAAGAGAGUGUACCUCGCUUACUUUAAAGUACCACUUGGAGACCAGGACAAAAGUUGGGCUCCUCACAAAGUGUGCAAAACCUGCCUGGAAACUUUGCGAUCCUGGUCUCAAAGAAAGAAUGCUAAACUUCAGUUUGGCGUGCCUAUGAUGUGGGCGACAAGUGAAGAAGUAGCGACAGAUGAUCACCUCUUGGGGUCAAAGUUCACGGUGGUGGACUACACAGUGUUCAUCCUUAUGUUGGUCAUGUCCGUCGGCAUCGGUGUGUACAGUGCCUUCAAGAAUCGAAAAAGAGUGUCCUCACAGGAUUACCUGACAGGCAGCAGGACGCUGUCUCCCGUGCCCGUGGCGUUCUCUCUGCUGGGUGGCGUCAUAUCUGCUGUGUCUAUAUUAGGUAACGCCACUGAGGUGUACUUGUACGGUACACAGCUGUGGACAACUUUACUGGGCGGCAUCCCUGCGUGUGUGUUGCUACACCAAGUCAUACUGCCCAUUGUUUACAAUCUUAAAAUUAUCUCGUUAAAUGAGUAUCUAGAACUACGGUUCCAGUCACGGACGUUACGUACACUGGUGAUGCUGUUCAAGGUUGUGUCCUACUUGUUCUACAUGGGUGCGGCCACAUACGCCCCCUCACUGGCCCUCGCCACCCUCACCAAUCUCUCACCAGUCAUCUCUAUGGUCAUCAUGUGUGCAAUCACCACCUUCUACAUCACUAUCGGGGGUGUGAGAGCCGUGGUGUACACCGACGUGUUGCAGACACUGGUCAUGGUGCUGGGAACACUGGCGGUGGUCAUCAUAUGUUGUGUUGACCUCGGGGGUCUGACCAAGGUCUGGGACAUCGCUGUACAAGGAUCACGGAUCGAGUUUUUUAACCUGGACCCGAGCCCUCUGGUGCGUCACACCUUCUGGUCAACUCUGGUACUCGGCUUCUACACGGUUGUCGUCUGGGGCGGCUUCACACAGUUUACUUUCAUGAGGCUUACUUCUAUCAGCUCACUCAACACUGCACUAAGGCUGUGUAUCAUCUUCGUGGCGGGAUCGGCCGUGUUGUGGAGUCUAUUCUUCACCUCCGGUCUAGUCGCCUACGCCACCUACAGCCAGUGUGACCCCCUCACUGCUGGCUACAUAGAGAAACCUGACCAGAUCAUCCCGUACCUCGUGAUGGAUAAACUGAAUUAUCUCCCUGGUGUGGCCGGCUUAUUUGUCGCCGCUGUAUAUGGUGGUCUUCUUAGUUCUCUCUCCAGCUGUGGGAACGCGGCAGCCUGCAUAAUCUGGGAAGACUUCCUCAAGUACUUACCCUGCUUCGCCGCCAUCACGGACAAGAAGAUCAUCACCAUCCUCAGAGUUCUCAGUGUAGCGUGUGGAGGUGUAGGUCUGGGCGUAGCGAUCAUGGUCAGAAACCUUGGCGACAUCUUCAACGUCACCCAGAGCAUCCUUAGCGCUGUCGUGGGACCCUCUGUUGGCGUCUUCCUCACCGGCAUGUGUACUCCCUGGGCUAACACCAAGGGAACUACUGUUGGGUUCUCCAUGGCCACCAUAUAUAGCCUGUGGCUGGUGAUUGGCAAGUUUAUACAAGGUGGAGGCUCACCACCCCGCCUCCCACUCUCCACCCACGGCUGCCAGGGUGUCUUUCUCAACACCUCCUUCACUGAUGCUCUAUUAUCAAACACCACUUCAGUUGAUGAAUCUGAGGACUUAGGCAUAUACGACGUGUCUUACUGUUACAUCGGCAUAUCAGGCAUCAUCAUCAAUAUGGUUGUUGCCAGCAUCGUCUCUCUCUUUACCGGUGUGUUGAAGCCAGGUGAAGUGGCAAGCGAGCUGGUGAGCCCCUCCUGUGAGCGGCUCCAUCACUGGCUGUGGCAAAACACACCCAAGUGCUUUAACAUACGCAAGGAAGACCAAGACAUUCAAGACGGCUCAUCGUUCAGGCCAACACACCAUGACACAUCAAAUUGCCCAAGCAUAAGCAAUAAUGAACUCGACAGCCACAAUGACUACUCCUUCAAUAAGACUCUCACGAGACACAACAACGUCCCUCAAGAUGAACAAGAAAGGUUUUAAUCACCUCUUGUUGCUUUACACAAGAAGCUAUACAGUAAACGUGACAACCCAUUUUCAUUCAUGUUUUGAUUGGGUGAUGUUUAUUGUCAUUACAUAAGAACGACUGACAACGAUGUGUGCUGAAUGACUUCCCUCAAUUAUUAUUGGUCUCUGUAGAAUGGGAAUAUAAACCUGAUAACCACUAUCGCAUAGGCUCCCCUCUCUGCCGUACAAAAUCAUCUGGUCAAAUAAAGUAUUAAGAGACGUCCACGUAGUGAAGGGGUGAGGAGGGACAGUGUGGUCACCUUCACACCGGCAGAGGGGCGGACACCGUAUUAAUUAAUUACAUUUUGUAUAUUUGUGGUUCACCUUCUCUGUAUACUGUUGUUUCUUUUUCUCUAUAUCAUUCUACGAUGGUUACUACGAUAACCUUAACGUUAGUAAAUAAAGAAGCAAGUAUCAA